AUGACUAAAAGAUCAAAUAAAAUACCACUUUCGAGAUCCUCAGUGUGGCAGAAUGAAGUUCAAAAGAAUUUUAAUUACAAGCAAUUUAAUGCAACAAGAACAGACCAAUCUGUAACAAAAUAUUUUCGAUGUCAGCACGAAGUCAUGGACUUUCAAAGAAUUAAAAAAAAUGCAACCCGAAAAUACGCGCCAGUAAUGGCCGAAUACAGAUGUCCAGUACAGGGACUUCCGGCUAUCUAUAUUGGACUAGCCGUGUAUUUCGACACCUGGGAUGCAUAUAGUCUCUCUCUGCCAUUGCUACACACCUACGGCAGUGGUAGCUGGCGGUACCGAUGCAAGAACCCCGAAGGAAAGGAUGUUCCCUCUGCCGUUUUCGAUGCUUCGGUCGCAUAA